CCAUCACCGUCCGUCAUCAUCAACUGACGCGACUGCAUCAAAUGGACUUCAACACAUCAAUCCAUAAAGUCUCAAAUUGGCUUGAUUCUCUCCCUUUUGACCAACCAACGCCACAUUCACCACCAUCGCCAUCUACUACUCUCAAACGACAACAUCUCAACGAGUCGCGCAAACGUCAAUAUCCAGCAUCACCACCUGAAUCUCACUCCUCGCGCAGAGUCAGAAUCCAAGCCAUGCCCGCUACUCCAGCUAAGCGUGCUCGCCCAGACAUCGACAAUGAUCAAACUCCACGCGCCGGCGCAAAUCCUCUCAUCAAUCCGCCCAGUCUACCUUCAAACAGUGAAUCGAGCCUUGCUUCCCAGAGCGAUGCAUCCAUGUCACGCGAUAGUAAGCGCUCGAAGCGCUCUUCAUCGCCAACCAAGUUGUUUCCGAUGUUUGGGCCAGAAGGGCACCGGUUGGUGAGAGAUUCACUUAGCAUGACGGCUCCACGGCGAAAGCUUCCUGAGUCGCUUGCUGAACUCUAUCGAGACUUUUAUGAUGUCGCGGGGCGAUAUGGCAUUAUUCCGCGGGGUGUCAAGGGGGCUUUGGAUCAGCAUCUCAAAUCGACAAUGUCGCUUGAUCGCGUGCAUGAUCAUAUGUUCUUUGACGAUGAGACGAGCAAGGACUUGGAUGAAUCUGAGUCUAAGUCUCCUGUAAUGGCCUCAGACAGGGAAAUCCUUCGUCGUGUUUCGCGCAUUGCUGAUCGGUCAGAUCAAUGCUCUCAGAUGCUCAGCGAUGAGGCGGCCUGGAACUGUCUUGUACAUUGCCCUCUGCUCGACCUAUUCACUUUCGACAUGGCAAAUCAAACCAUACUCGAUUUUAUGCCUUGUACAACAACAAACAUCGAUUCCACAUACCAUCGCUUUCCUGACCCUGCAAGCCGCGUCGACUUUGCCUUUUACUUUACACCUGAUAUCAAUCCUCCUCCAAAUCAACCGCCCGCCAUUCCGUGCUUCAACUGGACUUCGGAAAGGAUGCUUCAACAAUACCCUCUCGCCUUCAGCAUCGAAACUAAGCGCUACGGUGGCAACGCGGCAAAAGGGGAGCAGCAAAUGGGAAUCUGGCACGCAGCGCAGUGGGAAUUCCUCAUCACUCGCGCGGGUGCCGAAGCGGUAGCCAAGCUAGAUUUCCUACCUGGCAUUGUGAUCCAGGGUCAUAUCUGGUCACUUGUUAUCACGACGAGGAACCAAGGCACAACGACUGUGCUUUGCAGUGUUGAGUUUGGAAAUACAGGUUCUGUUGUUGGUGUGUUUCAGGUUAUGGCUGGUCUGAGGCGGUUGCGGAAAUGGUCUCUUGAGGUGCUGUGGCCAUGGUAUAAGAUGUAUUUACCGGGAUUGUGCGCAGAUGCGAGAGCUGAUGAAGUACGCCAACUGUAA